GGCGCGCACGACCGGCUCCUGUGGCCGCGCCCUAGCGGUGGCGCGCGCGCUGGCCUGGAGACCGACUUGGAGGCCCAGCUGGAGGCCGAGCUGGCCCGGCAGGCAUUGCGCAGGCAACAUGGCGGCGCCCGGCGAGCGGGGCCGCUUCUGCAGCGGGAACCUCUUCUCCUUCCUGCCCGGUGGCGCGCGCUCAGAGGUGAUGGAUGACCUAGUGACGGACGCGCGCGGCCGGGGCGCGGGACGAAGGGAUGCCGCCGCCUCCGCCCCGGCGCCAGCCCCGGCGCCGACCCCCGAUCCUCAGGUCGCCGAGGACCCCUCCCGGAGGCGGCCCUGCCGGGCCUGCGUGGACUUCAAGACGUGGAUGCGGACGCAGCAGAAGCGGGACAGCAAGUUUAGGGAAGAUUGUCCUCAGGACCGCGAAGAACUGGGCCGCCACAGCUGGGCUGUCCUCCACACCCUGGCCGCCUACUACCCCGAUCUGCCUACCCCUGAACAGCAGCAAGACAUGGCCCAGUUCAUACAUUUAUUUUCCAAGUUUUAUCCGUGUGAGGAGUGUGCCGAAGAUAUAAGGAAGAGGAUACAGAGGAACCAGCCAGACACACGCACUCGGGCAUGCUUCAGCCAGUGGCUGUGCCGCCUGCACAAUGAAGUGAACCGCAAGCUGGGCAAGCCGGACUUCGACUGCUCGCAAGUGGACGAGCGCUGGCGCGAUGGCUGGAAGGAUGGCUCCUGUGACUAGAUGGUGGCCGGCAGAGCUGUGGGACAGAAGCCCGGGGCCUCCGGGCAGCCUGGCCAGAGGGGGACGGGGCACUCAUUAAAGUGCGUCAGAGCCAGAGCCUGUCUUGUGUCAGUUGGAUGGUCCCCAGACACUGCUCGGGGGCUCUUUCUCUCUUAAGUUUGGAGGAAAAGCAGAGGUGCCCGCUGCAGACACCCCAGUGGCCCG